AUGGUUGAGGAAGAUGGCAGCAUGGGAAGAGAGAUUAAGCACCGAAUUCAAUAUGGUUGGAAUAAUUGGAUAAAGGUUUCGAGAGUGAUCUGCGAUAAGAGAGUGCCUGUAAAGUUGAAGGGAAAGGUAAAUAAGUUUGUGGUCAGACCAGCUAUGACCUAUGGUUUAGAAAUUGCACCACUGAGAAAAGUCGAGGAAAGAAAAUUGGAUGUUGCUGAAAUGAAAAUGCUCAGAUGGAUGGUGGGGGUAACAAAGAUGGACUGCAUACGGAAUAACUAUAUAAGAGGAUCACUGAAGGUAACAGAAAUAUCAAAGAAUGUUCAGGAAUCAAGACUGCGAUUUUAUGGACACCUGCUAAAAAGAAACGAAGAUCAUGUGGGAAGACAGGCAAUGGAGAUGGAAAUAGAGGGAAACAGACCAACAGACCUGAGACCAGAUGGAAGGAUGUUAUUCAAAAAGAUAUGA